AUGGCUCGGCUCUGCGCGAUUGAUACCAUCAAGGACCUGGGGAUCGACCUCCAUUUCCAGGUCGAAAUUAAGCAGGCACUGGAUGAUAUUUAUACAUCCUGGCGGGAAGGAGAUGAAGAGAUCUUCCUCGACUGCGCAACUUGCGCCAUGGCAUUCCGAAUACUGCGUAGGGGUGUCAGUCGGUCGGUUUCGGAUGCGUUGACUCGAUACACGGAGGAUGGUUUUUGGAGUGACACACUGGAAGGAUAUUUGAAAGAUGAGAAAGCUGUGUUGGAAUUGUACAGAGCUUCAAGGAUCAUUUACCAUGAUGCCUCUGUUCUUGAAAAUCAAAUGUGCUGGACAAGGGAUUUCCUCAUGCAAUUAACUGAUCCAGAAUCAUGUCAGAAUUCUGUACACGAUGUUCUCAAUUAUCCCCUAUAUGUUGAAUUGGAACCCAUGGCUUACAAAAGAAACAUUGAGCAGUACUUGACAGAUAAUACAAGGAUGCUAAAAUCCUCCUACAGUUGUGCAAAAUUUGGUGGUGGGUUUUUUCUGAAACCGGCUGUGGAUGAGUACAACGCCCAACAGUCAUUACACCUCAAGGAAUUGGAACAUCUGAUGCAGUGGCUUCAAGAGCACAAAUUGGACGAGAUGAGGGUUGCUAAGAUGAAGAUGAACUACUGCUACUUCAACAGCGUAACGACUUUCUGCGACCCUAGCCUUGCCGAGGCUCGCAUUGCGUUCUCCAAAUCCACUGUUCUUGUUUCUCUCAUCGACGAUCUGUUCGACAUUCAUGGAACCCGCGAGGAGCAUCUCAACAUUAUUCAUCUGUUUGAGAGGUGGGAUGUUGAUCGACCCAAGGUAGACUUUUGUUCGGAGAAAGUCGAGACAUUGUAUUGGGCGAUUCAUAGCACCCUUUGUGAGACCGUCGAGAAAGCAUUUCCGACACAGGGUCGAAGUGUUAUGGAUCACGUUGUGGAGCUGUGGUUAGACAUAUUGAAAGCAAUGUUCAAGGAGGCAGAGUGGUCCAGAACCAACACAGUCCCCGCCUUCGAUGAAUAUAUAACGAACGCAACCCUUACAAUUGGUCUAGGACCAUUCCUAGUUCCUGCUCUCUACUUAGUGGGCCAUAGGCUUUCGGAAGACGACGUUAAGGGCACGCAGUUCUGCAGGCUUUUCAAUGUGACGGCUCUCGGCUGUCGUUUAUUCAAUGAUAUAAGAGGGUUUGAGAGAGACGCUGAACAAGGGAAAGUGAAUGCAGUGUCACUGCAGUCGAUUGAUCAGAACAAUAAUGCAGAACAAGUCAUCAAACAGACUGAAAUCUGGAUAAAGAAUCUCAACCGACAAGUGUCGAGGAUGUCAUUGGAUGAAAAAGACUAUGGUGUUCCUGACGCAGUUAGGGAUGUGUUCUGGAAGUUUGUAAAAGGGUUAUACUUGUUCUAUGCCAAGGCAGACCUGUACUUCAACAGCACAAAGCUGAUCAAGGUGGUGGAAUCUAUCAUUAAGGAGCCCUUGAAUCCACCCAUUGCGACCUAGAGGC